AUGUCGCCUAUCAGCUCUUCUACCAUUUCCGAGAAACAAGGAUCCACUUACUAUCAAGGGUCUGGUGACGCCAUUAUCGACAUUGAUAGCCGCACCACGACACUGAACAACCAGGCUGUGUCUCUGCAAGAGUAUCCGCUAGGCUAUCCUCUGCAAGCAGCCUUCCAGUCUAGCGAGCCUAGCUGGUCAAUCUACCGUAGUUUCGACUACCUGCAUUCCCGGGUCAUACUAGACCUACAGGACGAGCUACGCUGCCUGGAAGAGCAACUGGAGGAUGUUGAUAUUAAAAAUGAAGGCGAAGAGCGAUUGAGGUCGCGUAAAGAUGACUUGAAGCACUACAAUGAGGAAGAAUUUCCAAGUCCGCGCGCAGUCUUGCUAGAAACAAUCCGAAACAAGCUUGUCAACUACGAUGAGAUCUUGGCGAAGGCACGAGACCUUAACACUUUCCAGCGACCAUCGAAUCGUGACUAUCGCAGCUUCCGCAUAUGGUUCCAGAACAAGAAGCCCCUAAACUACGAACGGGAGGAACAGUUCAUAAAGCGCAGGGAGGACCUUAUUUCGUUACGACAAGGUCGGGAAUGGUCGGGCUUCGACGGUUUGGUGGAAACAUGCAUUCGAAAAUUGCACUGCAAGCCCUUGCAUGUAAGUCGCCAACACCUCAAAGAGUACGACGGCACUGACCAGCAUGCAGUUUAUCUUCGCGACCAAGGAGCUUCGCGACAAGACUAA